AUGCUGUCGUCGCUACCACUGGCAACAUACGUCAUCGUUGGACUGUUUUUGGCGACAGGGCCCACAAUUGCGGAGGUGCUGGAAUUGCAGACAACUGAAGAAUUGCCCAUUGGAUCUGUGAUAGCUGACCUGAGGACGCUUCUUUCGAAAACCGGCAAGAUGUUGGAUUUGCAGUGGACAGCGUUUAAGGCGAUGGGCUCUGAUGACAUCGGAAACCGGCUCUUUGAAGUGACGCCAGAGGGCAAACUCGUUGUCAGUCACCGGAUUGACAGGGAGAGGCUGUGCCCGCUCUACCCCCUCUCAGUGCUUCCCGGCCCACAGUCAAGCUUCAGCAGUUCCCCACGCGAUACCUUCGGUUUCAAGUCGCACUCUGGCCUCCCAGCGAGCUUUGUGAGCAGUGGCCAGUGCGUUUUCACUCUUCAAGUGGGCGUUAUUGAAAAAGAGGAGGCCCAUACACCCUCAACCCUACCCAGCAUUCACCAGGUCCGUGUAACUGUGCUCGACGUCAAUGACCAGGCCCCCUUCUGGCCUGAAAAUCUGCAGCGUCACGUUGUCGAGUUUCGUGAUGGUGACCCAGUAGGGCGACGGCAGUCCCUGCCGCUUGCCAUUGAUCUUGAUCAGGGAGAGAACGCAAUAAUCACCUAUAGCCUCGAACAGGAUCCGGCUGAAGAGUCUUCUAUGGAGGGAUGGACCCCGAUUCCCUUCACACUAAUUCACGAUCAAUCCGAGGGAAGUUUGUACCUCCAGACCGAGAGAGAGAUCGACCACGAGGUGACUAGCUCUUAUAAACUCCUCCUGAAAGCUGUUGAUGGAGUUGGCAAAGGCAUGCCAAAUUCCGUGGUCACAGAACGUUUUCUUCGGCCGCACACUUCCACGCUAGCUCUGACAGUGGUGGUCCAGGACAUCAAUGAUAAUGACCCAAAGUUCACACAGGCUGUUUUUACACCCGACCGUCCAAUUUCGGAGACAACGCCUGAGGGAUCAGUUAUUCUUAGACUGAAGGCGACUGAUGCCGAUUCAAAGGAAAACGGUCCCCUUCAGUUCGGGUUCGCUCCGAAUGUUGGAUGGCGAUCCAUCGACGCACUGGCUCAGCAUCUUUUUGACGUGAGACCAAAUGGAAACGUUGUGGUUAGGCGUUCACUGGACGUUGAUCGCCAAUGGAAAUUAGUGGAUGAUCUUAAGAACAACGCAAACCCAGGCCUUUAUAACAGCGAGAACAACAACAAGGGAAUAGAGUUUAGCUUCAAGGUAGUCGUAGUGGAUGGAACGGACUCAAGAUAUGCGAGGUCGUCGGAGGCAAUGGUGAACAUAAUGGUUGUGGAUGAGAAUGAUGAAGCACCUGUUAUUGAGGUCAUGCGGCCGACAACCUCCAGUGAGUGCAUUCAGUCACUCGGGAGGCCAACAGGAGUCACAGCAGGUCGCUCGUCUACCCAGACCUCCUAUGCCUGUGUUUUUGAGAACGCACCCGUAGACACAUUCCUAGCUACUGUCCAGGUGAGUGAUUUGGAUUUUCGGGGUGAGGAUGAACAUGAGUGCGUGCUGGACAACAAAAAUUUCUCUCUCAUUGCCGAGGAGAACGCCAACACACGUCUCUCUGCUAAUCAGCUAACUCACGUCUUCAGCAGUCAGGCUGUGAAGAGUCCCGGUCUGUCGCAGUACGCCAUUCUAACGGCCACUUCUCUGGAUAGGGAGGACACGCCGUUCCAAAGGAUCCAGAUCAUAUGCAGCGACCGGGCUCACCAUCAAUCCACGCACAAUAUUACUGUCUUAGUGGGAGACAUCAACGACCAUAAACCGCAAUUCACUCAAACCCUAAUGACGUAUCAGGUCCCAGAAAAUGCUCCUUCUGGAACUGUUUUGAAACCUGUGGCCGUUGGACCUACGAGAACCACGACAACUUUGGCUACUGAUGCGGACGUCGGAAGGAACGGGCUAGUGAAGUACAGUUUUACUGAGAAAUCACAGAGUGCGGACAAAUUUUCAAUCGAUCAAUUUACCGGUUUGAUCUCAACUCGGGUGCCGUUUGACCGGGAGGCAAAUGGAAAGUUUGUUCUCAGCGUCGUGGCUGUAGACCAGGCCGAUGGAGGAAACGCAUUGACGGGAACAGGAACUGUGGAGGUCAUUGUCCUUGACGUAAAUGAUAACCCACCAGUGUUUGCUCAAGAGACAUAUACCUUCCAGAUAGCCGAAAAUCUUCCCCGGGGAACUCGUGUGGGUCAAGUAACGGCUGUCGAUCUUGACGACCAAGGACCACUCGCAUAUUAUUUCAGCAAUGACCACGAUGCACUAGUCUUUCAAAUAGAUCGCUCGUCAGGGGAAUUGUUUACUAGACGACCACUUGAUCGCGAGGAGCAGUCAAACUACACUUUCAGGGUGCUGGUUCGAGAUUUUGUGACAGCGUCCGGAGGAGCGGAGAAGAAGACCUUUACAGCGACAGCCACGGUCACAGUUGUCUUGGAAGAUGUCAAUGACAACUCUCCGGUUUUUGUUCUCCCAAACGCCACCGCAAACACGCUCACCGUGGCCGUCAGUCAGACACUUGGGCACAAAUUAGCAGUUAUUAUCGCAAAUGAUGCGGACGAGGGGGACAAUGGUAGGGUGACCUACAAGAUCAAAGCCGGCAAUUCUCUCAACCUUUUCAGCAUCGAUCCCCAAUCUGGUCUUCUCUUCCUCGCUGAUUCUUUAUCGCGUUUAAAUGAAGCCAAUGAUAAUGCAACCACCGAUGAAGCUACCGCAGCCAGAGUAAUCCAGCUCUCCACACAAACAACAGUGCAUGUUCUCACAUUAGAAGCUUGUGACAAUGGCGUGGAGUCCAGAUGUACAGUUUCCCCAAAUCUCCGAAUCCAUGUCCAACCGGAGCGAAGGUACAGGACGGCAGCGGAACACAAUCGAUUAGGCGGUGGUCCACGGGACCCAAGUAGUCAAAUGCAUAAUCAGGAGGGAGAAUCGCACACCGACGAGGAAAGACAGACGAGUUGGAACAGUGCGAAUCCUCCUGCAGUCCACGCAGAUGCCAAUGGAUUUCGAGGAUGGUCAAACGGUUCGAGUGAAAUUGUCAUCAUCUGCAUGUCGGUGCUCUUUGUGAUCCUCCUAGUCGCCAUCUUAGCUUUGACGCUAUUGUUACGCAACUGCAAGUUUGGACCUGCAAAACAAAUGUCAGUCUCAGCAACGCAGCGCAGUUUAAGUCGCUCCAAAACCCCCACCUACCUAGGCACAUUGCCUUCGUCACCAUCGGGACAUGAAGUCGCCGAGUCCGUGGUUGGAACUCUGAGUCCAGCACCGCCAACAGGAGUGAUUCAGAGUCAGUCCGAGAUGAUUCUUUGCCGUCGGCCUGGAGGCAGUGGCAUUCAACAAAGCCAUUCGUUCUUCGAGAUGCCAAAAUCGAUGACACAGGAGUUUACCACAUUCGCCCAAGUCUGUCCCCAGGCACAGAUAGAGGGCUACCAAGGGAGUGGCAAGAAGCAAGCUGACGGAGCUGGAAAUGCUGAUGUUUCCUUCCCUGUCAAAUACACUCGCAUUCCCAAUAAUAGAAGAAUUGCGCCUCCAGUUGUGGACAAAAUAUUUGUCAGUCACCCCUACGCAGUGCCGGGCAACGAUGCUGUCUGCUAUGGUGAAUACCAGGCACUUCAAGCGACAAGCUUGUAUGCCCUAGAGAAGAACUUGGACAGAAUGGAAGGCCAGCCUCGUCUGCCCAAUUCCCAUUCCAAUCCACCUCCUCAACUUAAAAUGUUUGGCCAGAAUCUCUCGUGUGUCCCUCGAUUUUUGGCCACGGGAGGGCGGCCAGCAGCUCAGAGCGAUGACAGCUUCCCAAUGCAGCACGUCGUCGACGGCCACCCACAAGUCACCUACACAUACAAUCGUUACGUCGGUCUGAAACCUAACCAACCCCAGCACCAACCAAGCAAGGCGAAUACUGUAGAUCCGAGGUUCUUCGACCAAAAGCGACAACAAGCCCAGCCAGUACCUCAGAGGAUCUAUGUCCGAGACUUCCCGCGUUCCAGAUCUACCCACACGGUGGCAGGCGGCAAACAGGAGGAGAGUGUGGAAAGCUCCGAAGGCGUCACAUUUAAAUCUACCGAUGAAUGUGGAGAGGACAGCAUGCUCCUUCUUCCUGAGGCUGAGGGGCAAUCCGAAAUGAGCGAGCCCCUUUCCGGCAAUGACGCAUCCGGCGCCAGCAAAGGCAAUCUCUUUGUAGCCUCGGAGGAUCAACAGCAGAUGAAUAAUGCAAACAACAACAAACUAAUCGCUUCGGCAUACCGGGAGGCCAGUUUUGUUUAA